AUGAAGAGCAUUCGCCUGCUCGUGCUCCUCGUUUCCGCGUGGUCCGGCUGGCUUUUCGAGGCCGGGAGGCAGUCUGAAAACCUCACUGAGACGGGCUCGGACCGGCCGUGGUUUCUGGCCGAGGCCUCGCCACUUCCCUCUCGGCGAGUCUCCUUCUGGAAUCUUCCUCUCGAGGCGAACGCGUUCCUCGACUCUCGACAUUCUGUCGUUGCCUCUCAGCCUUCGCCGUUCUCGUCUUCCUCCUCGCUCCUUCCACCGUCUUCUUCGGCUUGUUCUUCUGCUCCUGUGCGUCGCGGGUCUGUGGAUUCCUCGCCGGAUGGCGGAUCGGAAGGCCAAGCGUUCUCGCGACAAGGGGGGGAACAGAAAAGGAAGUCGGAAGAAGAAAUUCUCGUCACCAGGUGGCUCGGCAUCAUGUGGGACGAGGGCCCGGACGUCGGCGGCCCCGCAGGGCCGUAUACCCAGUCCCUACGGACGGCCUUCUACGCCGACGUCGGCAAGCAGCUGGUAACCGAGGGCUGUCUCUAUCCCUGCUUCUGCACGAGAGACGACCUCCUCCGUCUCCGCCGCGCGGCAGUUGCAGCUGGAGAAAGGCCGCGCUACAACGGGGCGUGUCGGGCGCUGUCUCCUGCGGAACAGGCGCGGCAGCUGGAAGAGGCCCGCGAGAAAAACGCCGCGUUCACGCUUCGGUUCAAAGUCCCAGAAAGCCUCGAGUUUGUCCAGAUCAACGACGCGCUGCGAGGCCCUGUGCGGUUGCCAAAGAACGCUUUAAGCGAUUUCCUCUGCUUUCGUCGUGUCUACUUCAAAACGAAGGAGCCCGGCGUCCGAUGCCCGAGUUCAACAACCAAUCGAUCUGGAAUCACCGCUAGUGUUGCACACAUUCCGUCCCCUCUGUCGCCCGAUUUCUCUUCUCCCUCCGCUUCUUCGCCCUCGUCUUUUGCUUCCCUUUCUCCUCCCUCGUGGAUUCAUGACUCUGUGGAACUGGAGGCUCCGGUCUACAACUUUUGCGUCGCUCUCGACGACUGGGCCAUGGGCGUCACGCACGUCGUGCGGGGCUGCGAUCAUCUCAUCAACGCUGCCAGCCAAGUUCUGCUCCUGCGCGCCCUGAACGCAACUGUGCCUGUAUACGUCCACAGCGGUCUUCUCUGUUCUCCCACCGGAGCGAAAAUAAGCAAGCGCAGCGUGGGCGGUCUCAACGGCGCAGGCGGAGAGCAGCCAAUUGCGGACCGCAGAGAAGAAGCGGGCGAGGACGGAGACAGGAGACAGAAAGCGACUCGGGCCCAUCCUGUGGGCGCACUCUUCGAUUUGAGACGUGCACCGCGCCGCCACGAAGAGGGAAGCGAGGAGAACUGCGAAGCCAGAGACGUUGGAGACGAAGAACGGUGUGGACCACACCACGAAGAAGGAGAGGACGGAAAGCAGGAAGGCGAAAGGGUGCGAGGCACAGGUCGAUUUCUACAUGCAGAGGAGUCUGAAGAGGAAGGCGAGGAGGAACAGGCAGCGCAAGGACGAGCCAGCGAAGUGUGGCGCUUUUCUCCGUACACAGUUGAGGGACUGAGACGGAGAGGCUUCCUGCCGGAGGCAGUGCUUCUUUUUCUCUCGGGUGCUCACGACAAAGUGUCGAGAGUGUCGGACUUGCUCGAGACGUUUUCGGUCGAGGAUGUGGGCGCGUCCAACCUCGUCUUUGACGAGGCGUUGCUUCUGCAUCUUCACUUCAAAUUGAUUCGCCAGGCGCUCCAGGAGGGCGAUCGCUGUCUCCUCACCCGGCACCUCUGGACUCUCCUGCGUCUGGCGACGACGCCGCCCGAGCAGCCGCGGGCGAAGGCGCAGAAAGGAGCCCUCGAGGCGCGGAGCUGCGAAGCCUCGACGCGACGCGGAGACCGAGAGAAGCGAGCGCCAGGCGCUGGCGGGCCGCCGCAGUCGCCAGCCGCCGCACAAAGAACCUGGGAUGGGGACCAGUGCGGAGUGGAGAGAAGAGAACUCAGCGAACGCGCGACAGAGACAGGCGGCGCAACCCCAGACGCACACGACGCCGCUGAAGAACGGAACGAACCAGAAGGAAGAGAACAAGGGAAAGAAGAAGAGGGGUGUGCGAUUUCGACGGCUGCUGUCGCAGAGCUUCUGUCGGGCCUCUUUGGACAGCCAAUUGAGGCGGUUUCCGAUGGGGCAAAUCGACCGGAACGGCUUGUGGCGAAGCGCCGAAAAUCGAGCAGGCCUGCGCUGAGGCACUUUUUUCUCCUUGCCGCCUCCUUGCUGCUUCCCCAGUACGUCUCCCCCCCAGAGACGCUGAGGGCGUUGUCGCGCCUCCUGCGAACAGCGCUGCCCGCGCCCCGCGCCGGGGGAGAAGAAGUCCGCGAGGAGAGGAGACAUGCAACGCGGCGCGAGGAGGCAGGGAAGACCGAGGAGAGACCCCGGGAAGACGCGGUUCCCCAGAGAGUGCUCGACAACAUCGAGGCGUUCAAGCGUCUCGCACGCUAUCUGUUUCCAGAUGAGGCCUCGUAUGCGUCGUUUGGAGGCGGACUUCUCCAAGUUGUCGAGGAAAUGAAGGCCAUCGAGUUCGCGUCCUCCCCAGGGUCGUCUUCUCCGCGCUCGUCUGCUUCGGCUCAUUCCCCGUGCGCAGAUUCUUCUCGUUCUACCAGCCGAAUCGGGUCUUCUUCUCGCGUCUCGCUUGCCGUCGCCGAAGAACGGAACCGCGAGGAAGGCUCGCAAGACAGUCACGACCGCGCCCGUAGACUGUUUGACCACUGGAUCACCAGAAGCCUGGAAGCCUGCAAGCUCUCCAAAAAACUGUUUCUCUACCUCCUCCGGUUCGCCCUCACCGGGCGAGAAGAAGGCGCGCCGCUCCGACAGCUGCUUCUCCUUCUCAGCCUCGCCGAGCAAGCGGGUCUGAGGUCGAGGCCUUCCGUGAGUCUGCGCGCGGCGUCGGCAGAGGAGCAGAAAGUGCCCACGUUUUGUGAGGAAAAGAGAGACAGAGCCGACCGAAGGGACAGAGCCAAACCGAAUCGUCGGGAGGCAGCGCGAGAAAUGAGAGAGGACGGAGUCGACCUUGGAAGCGAAGAGAAGACUGAACGAGGCCACCAAGAAGCGCAGAAAGGGGAACCUUUGGAAGUCGCAAACGGUGGAGAGAACACGACAGAGAGAAGCCAGUGGUAUUCAGAGCCUGCUGCUUCACUUCCCCUUCGCUUUGAUACCUUAACGGAUAGGCUGAACGCCUUGAAAGACUUCGUGAACAGUUUGGAGAACCGGAAUCAAUAA